AUGGUUACGACAAAACUGAGAGCCCAUAAAAAUGAUUUCAUUAGACACAAAGAUUCUGAGAAGCACAAAAAAAAUUCUGCUGCAAUUACUUUUCAUCCUUCAAUAAAUCAAGUUUUUCCUACCGUAGAUCCAGUAAACAAAAAAAAACUAGGCACGAAAUUUGAAUUACAAUUAGCUGUCCAUGUAGCAUGCCACUCGUCAAUCCGACACAAUUUAAAUCUUCAACAAUGUUUUGCUAUUGCUACUGAUGGUGGGUCCAAUCUAUGUGGGUGCAAUAAAUCUUUGUACACAUUGAUGAAGAAAAAGAGGGAUGAUUUAAUGCUCUUCAAAUGCAUUUGCCACUCUAUUCAUUUAGUGUGUUCACAUGCUUCUGAAGAACUUCCCUCAGCGUUACGUCGAAAAAAAUAUUUGGAUAUUUAUAAUACGAUAAAUGAUGGAACUGAUCCUCUACAAAUGGUUCAUCUUUCUACAACCCGAUGGUUGGCAAGAGGGCAGGCUAUUGAACGAAUAUUGGACCAAUGGGAUACGUUGAAACUGAACUUUGAUUUUGCCGCUACUGAACCACAUCAAGAUCGUUACGUUGCCAAAGAACUUCAGCAAAUGUAUAAUGAUCCAGCUAAUUUAUUAUAUUUUACAUUUUUAUCACCUUUGCUAUCGGAAUUUAACUCAAUUAAUUUGCUAUUUCAAAAAGAACAUGCAGAUCAUUUCAGUAUUCUCCAAGAGUUAGAGCGCUUUACAUUAUCAUUACUAAGAAGAGUUUUGCAUCCAUCUUCAGUUUCUUUGGAAGUAGAUUUAAAUUUUCAAUCAAUUUAUCUACCACUUCAGAAAGUGGAUUUUGGAUACAAAUUCACAGCGCUUGUUAAUCGCUUGGUAAAAGAUACUGAUAUUUCCCAGACUACUGUAAAUAACGUUAAGCAUCGUUGUCAAUUAUUUUUAAUAAGGGCUUGUAAAGAACUUCUUUCACAUACGUCAGGUAACACAGCAAUUUUGAAAAAAAUUCGAGUUUUUUCGCCAAAGAUAUGUUUAAAAAGUGAUCGCCCAGCUUUUGCAGAACUACCAUUGAAUCUUUUAAAAAAAGGUGUUGAUAUUAAUGCAGCAGAAUCUCAAUGGAGAAAAUUACUCGAUUUUGAUUUUGAAUCUAUAUUCGAUGAGUCGAUAAUGGCUCAGGGUCCAAUGUUUUGGUCGAAGGUUAUAAAGUUGACCGACUCUGAAGGCAAUUAUAUUUUCAAAGAUAUAGCGUCUCUGGCACUUACAGCAUACAGUCUACCUGUUAGUAAUGCUUCAGUUGAGCGGGUGUUCUCAAGAGUAACUCUUACUAAAACUAAGCUUCGUAAUCGUAUGACUCUUCUUUUAUUAUCGGCAAUAUUACGAAUCAAAAUGCACUUAGAAGAAAAUGGAAUCUGCUGCACUAAAUUCGAGCCUACUGGUGAUAUGCUAAAUUUUAAUUCUACAAUUUAUGAUAAAAAAAAGACAGACACUUCAGAAGAAGAUGAAAACGUAGAGGAGUUAUUAAAAAAUUUAAAUUUUUAA